AUGCCUGAAACCACCCCAGUGGUGGUUGCCUCCUUGAGAACCAUUGACUUUUCGAAGUUGAUGGAUCGAGACUCUUUGGAGAUGAACAAAUUGAUUCUAGCGUGUCAAGAAGUUGGUUUUUUCUUCUUGAAUCUAAACUCCCCGGGUUGCCAGAGUCUGCUUUCCAACUUGGAUAAUGUUUCUCAACAUAUGAAAGAAUGGUUCGAGCAAGACAAAGUCGCCAAAAUGAAGACGGUAACGGUCAGCAAUUCACAUGGAUAUAAGCCGGUUGGCCAUCACGCUGGAGUCGGAAAGAAUAGAGACGGCUGGGAAGCAUUGAAGCUCGGACGCUCAGAACUGCGUGGUCGCUGGGCUUUGCCGUCAGUAGUCCGAGAGAAUCUGUCGCAUUUCUCUGACUUCCAAGACGCGUGCCAUUUUGUCACCAAGCUCUUGCUUGACUGCAUCUCAUCAAAGCUUGAACUCCGAGGAAAUUAUAGCCUCCAACAGUACCAUCGCGAUGACGCGCCAUCCAAAAGCUCUCUGUUUUUCAAUCACUAUCCUACCCUAGACACGGCCAAGGAAGAGGUAGGCCAGAACCAGCACACUGAUCUUGGCUCUCUCACACUGUUGUUUGCCCCACAAUGGGGCCUCCAAGUCCUCUCGCCUGUCGAUUUUCUAUGUCUCGAAACUGGGGAACAAAUGCAAUGGCAAAGCGUCGAGCCUCGGGCGGGCCAUGCUAUUGUCAACGUCGGCGAUACCCUUCGAUUCCUGUCCAACUACAGACUUCGUUCCGCACUUCAUCGUGCUCUGCCACUCGAGUCAUGUGAUCGAUACAGCAUCGCAUACUUCUUGAGACCAAGUGAUGACAGUGAGUUUCAAGACAGCAUGGGGAAGACUACAACCGCUGUCAACUGGUACCUCCAGAAAAACGAGACAUACGAAUCGCAUGAAAAGCAAGACGAGUUGAUCUUGCUUGGUGGAAUUAAGGAAUUAAUUCAUAAGGCACCCAUCUGUGUGGAUGUCUAG